ACAGCUGUUUGAAAACUUGAUAACUUGCAGAAAUUAAAAUCUUGAUUAAAAUUAAAUUCCACAGGGAAGUACACCUGAAUUGAAAGGGAAAUCUAUGAGCCUGCUUCACCGGCCAAUUGGCGCGUCCUUGAAGGGCAUUUCCCGGCUGAUCCACCCACUGUUGGCACCACAAAACAGGAAAAAACUAGAAACACCACUGAAUAUCAAGCGAUUCCUCGCCGGCAAAAGGAUGAAUUUAAAGUACCUCAACCAAAAGGAGGCCAUCGCCGUGGACCAGGAGCUCUUCGGCGAGUACCAGUUCAGCGUGGACCAGCUGAUGGAGCUGGCCGGCCUGAGCUGCGCCCACGCGGUGGCCAAGUGCUUUGCCGCCGAGAAGCAUCCGCGAAUCCUCGUCUGCUGCGGUCCCGGGAACAACGGAGGCGACGGCCUGGUGGCCGCCCGGCACCUGCGGCUCAUGGGCUACACGCCCACCAUCUACUACCCCAAGCCGACGGCCAACCGGCUGUACGAGAGCCUCAGUCACCAGUGCCAGAGGAUGGAGAUCCCGAGCAUCGAGGAGUGUCCAUCGGUGACCAGCGCCGCCUGCAGCUACGACCUCAUCCUGGACGCCCUCUUCGGCUUCAGCUUCAAGCCCCCGGUGCGGGCCGACUUCCUGGCCGUCGUGGAGCUGCUGCAGCAGACCAAACUGCCGAUUGCCAGCGUGGACAUCCCAAGCGGCUGGGACGUGGAGAAGGGCAAGGUGACUGAAUGCGACUUGGAGCCCGCUCUGCUCAUCUCGCUGACUGCCCCGAAGCUUUGUGCCCGCCAGUUCCGCGGGGAGCAUCACUACCUGGGCGGCCGAUUCGUACCGCCGGCCCUGCAGCGCAAGUACGAACUGAAUCUGCCCGUCUAUCCGGGCAACGAACUGUGCGUCAAGCUGUGA